GAAGGUUGGAUCUCGACGUGCUUAUCAAUGGUUUGAUGAAACAACACCGCUUUGUUUGACUUCAGCGCAAACGUUCAUAUAUUCUUUUCAUUUUCUCAUAAUCUUGGUUUCCCUCCUGAUUUCGAAUUCAUCGAGUUCUUGCAUGGGAUUUCAACUUAUUGACUCCCACGAGAUAGUGAUGACGGCUUCCUUAUACAGCAGAUACAUGCUUUCCCACAUCCUAGGAUAUCGCAUCGUUCCUUCGAUUUACAUCUCGCAGAAAGACUAUGACUUCAAGGCGGCCCAGGGCCGUAUGCCAGUGUCCUAGAUCUUUACCGUUAUUCUCGUCAACGCUACUAUUCCUCUCCAUCGUCCUUCCCGCCUCAUCCUAUGCACAAAUUACCGACCCCGCACCUUCGACAACAUUUUCUCCGUCUCCCACGACAUUCCAGACUUCAGUAAGCUCCUCAUCUUCUCCCUCGACGACAUCAAGUGCUCCGGCCAGCACCACACAAUCCGAUUCACCUAUAACACCCUCAGUACCUCCGACGGAUCCUGACGACGUCCAAGAUCAUGUCUUCAACUACUAUUUCCUGAUUAUUGCAAUAGUGGCCGUGCUAUUCUGCCUGUGCAUACUCUACGUCGGGCGGCGGAAGAAACGAAAGGCAGCUCUUUUAAGAUCACAAAGCCAGCGCGCAUUAGCUACGGAUGUGGCAGGUUUCCGGGCACGAUUUGGCAACCGGACUGGCAGAACAAAUGCAGGCAGCUAUGGUGGUGGCCGUCCACGGCUCGACAGACUGGAGGGUCUGGACGAGAGAGGGGAAGCACCCCCGCCCUAUGUUCCUGGGUCGAAGCCACCGAGCAUACGAAGCACCGAUGGAGUGUUACCCUCAACCAGUGCUUUGGCAGCAGACGCAGAUGGAUUAGAAUUAGGAGACAUGAGAAGACCAGAGCCUGUCCAUCACCCGCCAGGAUAUAACGAGCACGUCGAAGCGGAUGAACUAGACCUGAGGAGGCCAGAUGCAGUGGCUGCGGCAAAUAGAAGAUCAAGGUCCCCGGUGAACCGCCAGGAGGAUACGGAUAGGCCGACAAAUGUAUAAUGCAACGAAUAAGGAGUUGGAAGGAAUAUAAAAACUGGAGGCGUUUUAUGUGACGGUCUUAUGGUCAUGGCCUGAAUUUUGUUGCACAGGGGACACAGCAGAAGCGCAAUGAAGAAUGUACAACCAUUUGAACUUUUCAUAUCUCGCAUAUACCACUCCUACGUGAAUCUCCUCGUCAUUGUAGCUGGCUUAUUUCCCAGGAUCUUGUCAAUCUCCUUCAUGAUCUCUGGAGUCAGCUUCUCAACAGUGGAUAUAGCUUUCACAGUGUCGUAGAUCUGCU